AUGCACCCAUGGGAGCAGGGACAAGGUGUGGGGAGUGAGGUUCCAGCCAGGAGCAUCUGUGUGAGUCUACACACCCGGCCACUGCCGGUCCAGAAAAUCAAGUCCUACACCAUCAAGGAGGGCUCCAUGCGAGCGGUGAUUCUUAUUACCAAGCGUGGCCUGAAAAUCUGUGCUGAUCCAGAUGCCAAGUGGGUGAAAUCGGCAAUUCAGCAUGUGGACAAGAAGGCUACAAGCCAAAAAAACAUGACCCAGAGCAACUUUACCAGGCCCCAACAGUCCACCAACACUGCUGGGACCCUGACCAGCUAG